AUGGCUGCCCCCACAGCAUGCGGAUCAGAUCAGAAUCGGCCCUGUAAAGGUUGCUGGGUAUGGUUCAAUGCUCUCUGUUCCUGUCUCAAGUCUCCCGGAAGCUGCAGCACCAGCAAGGCCAAUCCUCCUUAUUGGGUUCUGGUGAAUCCCACCUUGAUUACUUCAAGUGUCCUGGUUCCAGACUUUCGCGACGUGCAGAAGAAUCAUGCUACCCUUCGCGAUGCUGUAUGGGACUUUGGGCAGACGGUAUCGGUUCCACGCCUGGAAGCUUUAGCUACUAACACUGCACACUCCAAGACACAGGAUCCAGUCCAUAUGCACGCAUGCCCGGUUAAUCCCGCAGUAAACGCAAAAGAAGGAAAAAUGGCCACUCCCGACCAACUCUAUCACGUCCUGUUCGUGACGUCCCAUUUACAAAAAGACCCCAAUGGGAAAUUCCAAAAACUCCGCAUCACCGGCACAUACGUCUCAUUGGAGUCCGCAAAGAAGGCUGCGCAUCAAUGCCUCUUUGACGCCGGCUACGAACUCGAAUGGUUCAAAAAAUACGAGAUUGGCGACAGCGAAAACGUGAACGGUCAAGUCGUCCAUGCCGUGGCUCCGGCCGGGUCUACAUACCGUGUUCGCGUCCUUACCACCCCCAACACCAUCAACAAGCCUCUUCCCAACCAUGAAGACGGCAGAAUCGCGGCAGAUUUGUAUUAUGUCGUUCAGAUCAAGUCCGGAUUGGAAGACGAAGAAAGUCGGGAUAUCAACAUAGAAGGGGUGUUUACUUCGUAUUCCGAGGCGCGCGAGUCUGCGCUUCGAGUGCUUUUGGACGCCGGAGAUGGAGUGUCAAAGGAUAGUUUUGCCGCUUACGAUGAAGCCGGUCCUGGUCAGGCGGACUGUGGGUAUGGAGAUAAUAUCAUUGUGCAUGCUGUGGGAAAUAACGGCGAGAAUUUCCUGGUUAGUGUGGUCAAGGGUCAGGUAUUGGAAAGUGUACGUCUAGCAGAAGCGUCAUUUUAA